AUGGCUCGGCAGAAGAAGACAAAGAUCGAAGAUCUGGCUCGCAUCCGCAACAACCAGCGAAAUUGUCGAGAACGCAGGCGAGGGUACAUUGCAGAGCUCGAGCAGAAAGUGAAAUAUUAUGAAAAGGAGAGGGCUCAAUGCUGUACAAGACUUCAAGAUAAAGCACAAAACCUUCUUCGCGAGAACGAAGUUCUGAAAACGUUAUUUGAUCCAUCAAGCGUCAGUGAGGACCAGAGUCUCACAGACCGGUUAAAACGUCCUGAUGCGGAUUGGGAAGUCUCUGGGUAUAGAAGCAUCACAUACGUUCACCAAUAUUGCCAAUCAAGCUCCGCUGCUUGCCCACUCAAAUGGUACUGA